GCAACCUCUUAAUUAUAAUUAUUUGUGCGCAAAGCGACAGUCAGCUGUUUUUGCAACUUUGAAUGUCAAAAAACCUAAACAAAAGUGACUACUGACCUUGUCAAAAGAGCGAAAGAACACCUCUUCGCACGUCAGAUUGACAAAUUCCAUGAGCUGUUUCAUAGACAUUUUGAAGCUUUCGAAGUUAUACACUAUUGAAAGUUCAGAUUCAAGGUGUAAACGUGUAUUUAAGAUCUUAAGUGUUUUCAUGGCUCAAAUACGUUAGCUCAUCAUUCAACAGAUUUCAAAAUUACAGAUUGCAAAAUUACAGAUUGCAAUUUUCUUCCAGGGAUAUUGGUAUACAUCUUCUUUUACAAGCGAGAGGUGGAGGGAAUCAUAGUGCUGCUGUUUCCAUUUUCCUGAUUCAGGCGGCGCAAUGAAGUUCCGCUUUUGUGGCGACCAAGAUUGCCCCGAUUGGUUCCUCACCCAAAUGGCUACUCUUUCUCGUCUGAGUUCAGUGAAGGCGAAGUUGCUUACUCAGCACGUGGCCCGUCAUUUGACCGGGGAAGCGAUAGACUUGGAGAAGAGUAAUUCUUUGCUAGCCGAUUCCAAGCUUCCUGAGAGUGAUGUUCGAUCGUUGCUUGGCUCCAUCCAGUUUGUCUUGACAUCCGCAUCCCGCUUCUCCACGGGGGAAGACCACCUGCGGGCUGAAUUACAACAAGUUGGACUUCCUCGUGAACAUGCUACAGCACUGGCCAAAGUUCAUCACGAUUAUGCUGAUUCAAUUCGAAAGCAUUUGAUUCGCGACAGCCUAAUGAGGAACAAGCUAGAAGACGUGAGCUGGCGGAAAAUCGACGGAUCCCAGUUAAUCGAAUUGACUUUACAAAUUAACGAAGGUCUCAUGUCGAAAAAUAGCGGAGUCUCCAUGACGGUGGAUCCAGCAAAAUUGCAAAAUUUACUUUACGAUAUGGAGAAAGUUCGUAGUUUAAUUGCUAAACAUGGGCUGGCUACCAAUGUCGAAACACAGGGAGACAUUUAGAAGAAUAUUACAUCGUAUUUGGUUCACAAGA